AAAGACAAAGGACAAAAGGUCUUCCGCACACCAAAAACCACAUUUCCUUCACCAAAAAUAUCGCCAGGUAUGAAAUAAAUCCUCUAUCUCUCCUCCUCCGUGUCUUAACCACCGACCCGUCGAUUAGGCAUGGCCUCUCUCUCCGGUCUCUGCUCAUCGUCUCCUUCUCUUAAGCCCAAAAUCCCACUUCUUAAGGCCACUCUCAAUUCCACGCCCUUCAAGACUUCUCUCCCAUUUCCAACUCGCACUCGACUUGAGCCAAUUCAAUCUGUAGCUCGCGAGAUCUCCACCGAUUUGUCCAAGACAAAUGAUAAGUUGCCGAGCAGGCCCGAACAAGGGUUGAUCAAAGAUCCUGCCGCUCUAUGGAGGAGAUACGUGGACUGGCUCUACCAACACAAGGAGCUAGGACUGUAUCUGGACGUGAGCCGGAUCGGAUUCAACGACGACUUUGUGAGGGAUAUGGAGCCCCGAUUACAGAAGGCGUUUAAGGACAUGGAAGAGCUGGAGAAGGGCGCGAUUGCGAACCCUGAUGAAGGGAGGAUGGUUGGGCAUUAUUGGUUGAGAAAUUCGAGCCUCGCGCCCAACUCUUUUUUGAAAACGCAGAUUGAGCUUACGCUUGACGCCGUUUGCAAGUUCGCCGAGGAAGUGGUCAGUGGUAAGAUUAAGCCCCCAUCUUCGCCAGAAGGCCGUUUUACUCAAAUUCUCUCUGUGGGGAUCGGAGGUUCUGCUCUUGGACCGCAAUUUGUUGCCGAGGCUUUGGCGCCUGAUAAUCCUCCUCUCAAGAUAAGAUUCAUUGAUAAUACAGAUCCAGCAGGAAUUGAUCAUCAGAUUGCUCAGCUUGGCCCUGAGCUGGCUUCUACUCUUGUAAUAGUGAUUUCAAAGAGUGGAGGUACCCCUGAAACUAGAAAUGGUUUGUUGGAAGUACAAAAGGCUUUCCGUGAAGCUGGCCUGGAAUUUGCAAAACAGGGAGUUGCUAUAACGCAAGAAAAUUCAUUAUUAGACAACACUGCUAGAAUUGAGGGUUGGUUAGCUAGAUUCCCUAUGUUUGAUUGGGUGGGUGGUAGGACAUCUGAAAUGUCUGCAGUUGGCCUACUUCCAGCAGCACUUCAGGGGAUUGACAUUAGAGAAAUGCUUGCUGGUGCAUCAUUAAUGGAUGAGGCAAAUAGGAACACAGCGCUUAGGGAUAACCCUGCUGCCAUGCUAGCCUUAUGUUGGUACUGGGCCUCUGAUGGGAUAGGAUCUAAGGACAUGGUAGUGCUUCCGUACAAGGACAGCCUAUUGCUAAUUAGUAGGUAUUUGCAGCAAUUGGUCAUGGAAUCACUUGGGAAGGAAUUUGACCUGGAUGGUAAUCGAGUGAAUCAAGGACUUACAGUCUAUGGAAAUAAAGGAAGCACAGAUCAACAUGCGUACAUUCAACAACUGAGAGAGGGUGUGCAUAAUUUCUUUGUAACGUUCAUUGAAGUGCUACGGGAUAGGCCCCCUGGUCAUGAUUGGGAACUCGAACCUGGUGUCACAUGUGGUGACUACCUAUUUGGAAUGCUACAGGGAACUAGGUCAGCCUUGUAUGCUAAUGACAGAGAGUCAAUAACAGUUACAGUGCAAGAAGUGACACCUAGAUCUGUUGGGGCACUUAUUGCCCUUUAUGAACGAGCAGUUGGGAUAUAUGCUUCACUUGUCAACAUCAAUGCUUAUCACCAGCCUGGUGUGGAAGCUGGGAAAAAGGCAGCAGGAGAAGUAUUAGCUCUUCAGAAGCGGGUUUUGGCAGUACUCAAUGAGGCAAGUUGCAAGGAGCCUGUUGAACCGUUGACACUUGAUGAAGUAGCUGAACGUUGCCAUGCAGAAGAAGAUAUUGAAAUGAUAUACAAAAUUAUUGCACACAUGGCCGCCAAUGACAGAGCACUUAUAGCUGAAGGUAGUUGUGGUUCACCGCGGAGCAUUAAGGUUUUCCUUGGGGAGUGCAAUAUGGAUGAGUUGUAUGCAUGAGUUCAAACAAAUGAAAUUCAUCACUAUGCUUGUAUUUUUCACCAAAAAGUUCCAUUACGCGGAUAUUGACCUUGUAUCAAAGGGACUGGGAUUUUCAGUUUUUCCCCUUUCUUUGUACACACAUGGGAAAUAAAUGACCGUUGUGCUUGAUUGUCA